AUGAGCCACAACGCCAUGGCGCGUCAUUUAGCCUCUUCACAGCUCCGAAGAGCUAGGGAGAGAGUGCCCUCGGUCUUGUCCACUGCGCCGACGCAUUCUCUCCUCGUAAUUAUAACCUCAUGUGCAUUUUGGCCGAGAUUGAGCAUCGUGAGUAAUCUUACCAAUACUAUAGCGAUUUCGUACGGAGUCUUUUACGUUUUAAUAUGCGCCAAGUCGACUAAUGAAUGA